AUGGCAACGAAUAUACAUGUAAAUGCAGCCCUGGAUGCAUGUGUGCCCGUGUCUGCGUCUCUGUGCACAACUUCUGCGCGCGCGCUCUCUCUCCACUCUCUCGCUUUCUUCUCUCUCUCUCUGCUCGUGUGUGUGUGUGUGUGGUCUUUUGUUCUCUCUUUCUUUCAUCUCUUUCUCUCUCUCUUUCUCUCUCUCUUUCUCUCCCUCUGUCUGCCUCUCUCCUCUCUUCUCUCUCUCCUCUUUCCUCUCUACUCUCACUCUCUGUCUCUAUCUUUCUGCCUCUCCCUCUCCGUCUUCUCCGUCUCCCUUCCUCUCUCGUCCUGCGUGCGGUUCUUGGGCACUCCUGGACGUUCUUCUUCGUCUUUUGUAUUGUUGUGUUUCUUCGCUUUCCUUCUGUUGCCUUCUUCAACACACACACACACACACACACACACACAUACACACACUCUGUCUCUCUCUCUGUCUCACUCUCUCUCUCUCUCUCUCUGUCUCUGUCUCUGUCUCUGUCUCUGUCUCUCUCUCUCUCUCUCUCUCUCUCUCUCUCUCUCUCUCUCUCUCUCUCUCUCUCUCUCUCUCUCUCUCUCUCUCUCUCUCUCUCCUUUUUGA